AUGUGGAUCUUUAUCUUGCUAAGCUCCACCUCUGUUGACUUUGACCACUCCCCCACGACUCAAGCGGUCAAAGUAUUGAAAACAUCUGUUCUGUUCCAGCUGUUUCAAGUCGUCGUCCUCCUCCUCUUGGAUCCAGCGUUGAUCAGCUGCCAUGUCGCCCAAUAUCCGACUGACUGCAGCAACAUCAGUGAAAACGGAGAUAGCCACCAGAGUGGCCCCUACUCAAUCUACCCUGCAGGAGAGAACCUCAGAGUCGAAGUCAACUGUCAGAUGAGUCCAGACCAACCAGCCUGGACAGUGAUUCAGACCAGGAUGGAUGGAACCGUCAACUUCUACCGGCCCUGGAUUCAGUACAAGGUCGGCUUCGGUUCGGUGAUGGGAGAACACUGGCUCGGUUUGGACAACCUCCACUAUCUUACCUCAGGAAUCAGGAAGUAUGAGUUACAGGUGGACAUGGAGGACUUUGAGGGAAAUACAGCCUCCGCGCAUUACGGGUUGUUCUCCGUCGACUCUGAGUGUACCGGAUACAAUUUGACUGUGUCUGGAUUCACAGAUAAAGGAGCAGGAUCUCCCAUGAUCUCACACAAAGGCAUGAAGUUCUCCACCUUUGACAGAGACCAGGACAUGUGGCCUGAGAACUGUGCCUCAACCUACAUGGGAGGUUUCUGGUACAACGCAUGUCACCACGCAAACCCUAAUGGGGUUUAUCGCUGGGGGAAGGAGAAGACUCCCUUUGCUGUUGGAGUUUCAUGGUUCUCUUGGAAAUCUACCUAUGACUACUCUGUGAAGUCUAUUGUCAUGAAGGUCCGUCCUGUGCAUUGAGUAACUUUCUAGGAGCAGCAGCAGAACCAGAUGUUGAUCUGUCUCAACAUCUGUCGCUUUCAUCAGUCAAAGUCAAAUGAAAUCACACGUUUGAACCCUGU